AUGCUAACCAACCAAACACCUGAAGCUACCAUAUCUAAAAUGUUAGACCAGAUACCCACUGGAACUUUCCCAGAAGUCUCCAAAGUUUCAGAAGCUUACCCACCUACUGAUUGUUCAACCUUAUCAUUGCUUCCAUGUAGCCCAGGUCUUAAUGGUGGGGAAACAACAUUUAAUGACAUCCCAAAUGGUUCUACAAUUUGCACAAUGAAUAGGAAGACUGUAAAAGCUACUCUUGAAAAUGGAGUACAACCACAAGAAGAUUCAACAAAAAGGAGGAACAUGGAAGGUGAAGCUAACACGCUACUAGGUGAGAAGAGAUCUCAUGAUAUUUUCACUUCCCAAGAAUCUGCGAUGCUGUCAAAGCAAGCACAGUCUACUCCUAUGGGUAUGGUUGGCUUGCCAACUAAAACCCCCACCCCCAUACCCUCAUCAGCUGAUGAAAGUACAAACUGUGCAAGAAAGCAAGUGUGGACAAGAAAAGAGAAACAAAAUGACAAAGGCAAAGGCAAAGAGAUAGCCUCCACUUUUGAAGUUGGCAAAGAAAAGGAGAGUGACAAGGUUGAUCAAAGAAGUGUUGUAACGGAAGCACAAGCAACCAGAUGA